CUGUGUUUCCAGCUGUGUUUCCAGCUGUGUUUCCAGCUGUGUCUCCAGCUGUGUUUCCAGCUGUGUCUCCAGCUGUGUGUCUCCAGCUGUUUCCUGCUGUGUUUCCAGCUGUGUGUCUCCAGCUCUGUCUCCAGCUGUGUGUCUCCAGCUGUGCGUUUCCAGCUGUGUGUUUCCAGCUGUGUGUCUCCAGCUGUGUUUCCAGCUGUGUGUCUCCAGCUGUGUUUCCAGCUGUGUGUUUCCAGCUGUGUUUCCAUCUGUGUUUCCAGCGGUUUCCAGCUGUGUGUCCCCAACUCUGUGUCUCCAGCUGUGUGUCUCCAGCUGUGUCUCCAGCUGUGUGUCUCCAGCUGUGUGUCUCCAGCUGUGUGUUUCCAGCUGUGUCUCCAGCUGUGUGUUUCCAGCUGUCUCCAGCUGUGUGUCUCCAGCUGUGUCUCCAGCUGUGUGUCUCCAGCUGUGUCUCCAGCUGUGUGUUUCCAGCUGUGUGUCUUCAGCU